AAACCCGCACCGCCCACCUGGGGUGCGUGAGCAUGAAGCUAAGGUCAUUUUCAUUCGGGAACUACCCAGCUCUGCAGUCCACAGCCAAGAGGGAGAAACGCCGAACAUCCAGCAUCCGAGAUGUCUCUGUCCAAUAAACUCACCCUGAACAAGGUGGAUGUGAAGGGAAAGCGAGUCAUCAUGAGGGUUGAUUUCAAUGUGCCCAUGAAGGACAAGACCAUCACAAACAACCAGAGAAUCAAGGCUGCAGUCCCAUCCAUCCAGUACUGUUUAGACAAAGGGGCUAAAGCUGUGGUGCUGAUGAGCCACUUGGGCAGGCCCGAUGGUGUCCCCAUGCCCGAUAAGUACUCUCUGGAGCCUGUGGCUGCAGAACUCAAGAACCUGCUGGGGAAAGAUGUUAAGUUCCUUAAGGACUGUGUCGGUCCAGAAGUGGAGAGUGCCUGUGCUGACCCUCCUGCAGGUUCCGUUAUUCUUCUGGAGAACCUGCGCUUCCAUGUUGCAGAGGAGGGCAAGGGCAAAGACGCCGCAGGAAACAAGACCAAAGCAUCACAAGAAGAGAUUAACGCAUUCAGGGCCUCCUUGUCCAAGCUGGGUGACGUCUAUGUUAAUGAUGCCUUUGGAACAGCACACAGAGCCCACAGCUCCAUGGUGGGAGUAGAUCUGCCUCAGAAGGCUGCAGGCUUCCUGAUGAAGAAGGAGCUGGACUACUUUGCCAUGGCUUUGGAGAAACCACAGAGACCUUUCCUGGCCAUCCUUGGAGGAGCCAAAGUCAAAGAUAAGAUCCAGCUGAUCAACAACAUGCUGGACAAAGUGGAUGAGAUGAUCAUUGGGGGCGGCAUGGCGUUCACCUUCCUCAAGGUCCUCAAGAAUAUGGAGAUCGGCACUUCCCUGUUUGAUGAGGAGGGAUCCAAAAUUGUAAAGGACCUGAUGGCCAAGGCAGAGAAGAAUGGUGUCAAGAUUGCUCUCCCUGUCGACUUUGUCAUUGCAGACAAGUUUGACGAGAAAGCUGCGACAGGCACAGCUACAGUGGAAGCUGGCAUUCCAGCAGACUGGAUGGGUCUGGACUGUGGACCGGAGAGCUCUAAGCUCUAUGCAGAGGCUGUGAGCAGAGCCAAGCAGAUUGUGUGGAACGGACCUGUUGGUGUGUUUGAGUGGGACAAUUUCGCCAAGGGAACCAAAAAUCUGAUGGACAAAGUUGUGGAAGUGACCAAAAAUGGCUGCAUCACCAUCAUCGGUGGCGGAGACACAGCUACCUGCUGUGCCAAGUGGGACACUGAGGACAAGGUCAGCCACGUGAGCACAGGAGGUGGAGCCAGUCUGGAGCUUCUAGAGGGUAAAGUGUUGCCUGGUGUAGAUGCCCUCAGCAGUGUAUAAGCCUGUGGCGCUUCGUCUGCCGGCGUUGGGGUGCUCUACCCUGAAGAGGCUGCCGCUCUUAUUCACUCACUCAGCACUUGUUCGACGCUAUCACCUUACAGGGCCGCAAAUGACGAUUCCCCAUCUCUCUACUGCAUCAGCGGCCAACAGUGUGCUGCGCUGGACUCUCUCACUGGUUCUCCACUACCUUCAGUUACUCCACCAUUUGUGUUAUUACCGUAUUGCCUAAUGGGAGGCCUCACUCAUGCAGACAGCAACAGCAUACUGGGUCCUUCUGCUUUGUUUUCCAGUAAAGAGAGUUAAAAUGCCUAAAGCUUAGUGCCGUUACUUGGUUUAACCCUGAUUGUAGGGAAUUUGUCAUUUGUUUCACCUGCUGAAAUAUUAGUUUUUGUCUGUGUGUGUCAUCCUUGUAUAACUAGUAGAAGUAUAUACAGAACAGCAUAUUAAGAUGUAAAUGUGGUGCGUGUGAUGUUACCGUAGAGUUUAUAUUUUAUAUUUGUCGCCUCUUCGCAGAUGUUGAAACUGUACGUAAAAACUGUAGACACUUUCCUCCCCUCAUAUUGCACUUGUCAUCCUGGUCCUAUGGCUUGUACGGUAGAUUCUUCCCCAGUGGGGUCAUACAGAUGGGCUGACCAGAAGACCCAGGUAGUCUUUCAUGGAAUACAAAUAAAGGAGUGAAAACCAAAAAAAAACCAAAAAC